AUGGUCCGCCAAUUAGCGGCCAAUAUUUUGCGGCAGGCGUCGCGCGACUCGCUGGAAAGCGAGACGCGCAAAGACAUCGAAAACUACUACUACAAUGUGGCACAAUGCGCGUGUUUGUAUCGAAUCCCGGCGGUGAGUCGGGCAAAGGUCGGAGAGACGGGCCGAGGACGGAGGCCUCUGCAUUUCGUUGAACCGGAGGUAAGGAAUUGCAAUUUAAAGCAUUUAUUUCACAAGGAAAGUACUUCUAUGGGGUAUGGAGUUACAGGUCGAGACAUGGAUCAAAAAAUCGCAAAACUUUUCUGAUUCAGAAUGUGUAAAAAUUAGCUGGCCAACUUUGGUUUGUAAGGGCGAAAAAACCCUCAGAACUUUUCUCGCAACACCACGCAAAUGCCUCGUUUUUACAUUGAAACAACUAUUCAAUUUAGGUGUAGUAUUAAUCAAAUUUGAUAUCUUAAGGCUUCUCAAGAUGCCAGGGUUAACUCUAGCUCCAAACAAAGCUUUUGAAUUGGUAAAAACUUUGUCAAAAAGACAGACUUUGAAUGGUGUUGCGAGCAAACUUGUGAAGGUUUUCUCGCCCUUACAAACCAAAAUUGGGUAGAUAAUUUUUACAUAUUCUGAAUCAGAAAGGUUUUGCGAUUGUUUUGAUACAUGUCUCGACCUGUAACUCCAUACCCUAUAGAAGUACUUUCCAUCUAAAAAAUGAAAUUUCGGGUGAGAAGUGGUCACUGUGAGAUCGGGACCGUCUUGAAAAACCGCCCUUUGGCCAUAACAUUACCAGCUUUUAGUGGAAACAAUUGAUUUUUUGUGGUCUGAAAACCUUGGUCUUCCUGCAAAGCACCGGGUUAUUCAUCGAUCUGGGUUGCCGAGAGAGUACGCUAAACGAGGAGAGCGGGCGGAGAAAAAACACUUUUUUGCCGUAUCUUUGCCAGUUUCGUGCGGAAAAAAAUAAUUUUUUUGUGGAACCAUCACUCUCUACAGUAGAAAAAGGAACGAAAAUUUUCAUGCCAAAAUUUCGAAAAAAGUGCCACAUUUUUGCCAACUUUCGAUAUAAAAAACUCAGUCGUUUCUGCAAAGCGCGAGCACGGAAUCUGGUAAUGUUUCGGAAAAAAUUAAUCUAAGUUUGUCCUGAGCUUUCAUGAAAAUUUGAACGUCGCACUUGGAACACUUAGUCUUCCUAAAAAUCUCGCUUUUCCAGGCCGUCCCCCCGAAGCAAACGCAUCAAUUACUGGUCCGAAAGAAGUCGGCGAAGAUCCGCUCAGUCCGGAACGCCGCCUUCAACGCCGCCACUGUGAUAUGCGGGAUCGUAUGCCCGAUCAUGGACAGGGCUUUCAAUCGGUUCUCGCCGUCCAAUUAG